AUGCUGAGCGAAGUCAGCCGCCCGUUUGCCUUUGUUCAACAGCUCCGCAACGCGUGCCGGCGGUGGGUGCUGGCUGAGGAGACCAGCGACAUCGGGGGCAUCAUUGUUCUCGUGGUACUUGAACAAUUCAUCGGCAAACUACCGAUAGGAACUAUGGAGUGGGACCAGUGCCACCAAUCGGCAUCGCUGGAUGAAGCAGUGCAGUUGGCGGAGGACCAUUUAGCAGCGUACCCAGGGGCUGGUGGGGGAAGCUGUCACCACUGGUGUGGCCGUGAGGUUUGGGCCAGUCAGUUGGAGUUGCGGGGAGCCGGGACACGUCCGCGAACAGUGCCCAGUGAUGGAGGUGGGGACGGUGUUUGGUGUAAUGUUUGGUUCAUCAGUCUUCCAGAGAAGAUUGAAGCUCUGAAUGGAUGUAGUGUGAUCAUUAAGUGUACAUUUGAGAUCAAUAACACACUUGACAAAGACCUCACUGAGAGUGCUACAGGAGUGUGGUAUAAAGAUGGACAUGACAAGGAGAAAAUAGCAUUUAACUCUAGUAUAGCGAAUCCCAAUCCCAUUAUUAGAGGAAAUUUAUCUGGAAAAUUACAUGAGAAGAACUGCACCACUAUCUUUUAUGACGUUAGUUCAAAUCACAAUGGAAAAUAUUACUUCAGGAUUGAGGGUAAUGGUGGACUGAAAUAUACCUACACAACAGCCUCUGUUGCUAUAAAUGUCAUUGAAUCUCCUCAUAACCUCACAGUGAAGUUGUAUGUGUAUCAGAAGGAGGUGCAGAGUCAGCAGGAGGUGUUGGAGGGGAGCUCUGUGAGUCUGUCCUGCUCUGCUGAGACUCUCUGCUCCUCUCCUCCAGCAACUCUCACAUGGAGCUCCACUCCCAGACUCCCCUUCAGUCUACAGGAGCAGCAGAAUCAAACUGAACUCAUCUCUCAUCUCAACUUCACUGCUACUCACCUUCAACACACAAUCACUUUCACCUGCACUGUCACCUACCAGCUACAGGACGACAACAAAACAGCACACAGCAACCUCACAUUACAUGUUACAUAUGCACCCAAAAUCCCUCUCUCGUCCAGCUGUAACAGAACUGAUGUAACCAUGUGUUUGUGUGAGGUUGAUGGGAAUCCCUCUCCUAAACUGGUGUGGCAUCUGUCUGGACGUCCUGUCUCUAACUCUACAAACUCAUCCAUCAAUGAAGAGCGAUUGAGCAGCACAGUCUUGAGGAGCUUCAUCACUCUACAUCACUCACUCACACACACAUCCACUGUGCAGUGUGUCACCACCAACACUCAUGGCAAUGACAGCAAAGAGUUUCAACUGAAGGCUGUUUCAAAGGAUGAGAAGGAGUCUGUUUAUGCCAAUAAAGAAAUGCUGUCACCUGGUGGAGCCACCACACUGAAUUGUCCAGAAUCCCUGCAUUAUUCCUCCAUUGAUGUCACAAAGACCAAUCCAGAGUCAGAAAAGUUCAGGGGCAUCUCCUUUACUCAACACUGA